AUGGAUCGCAAUGGAUUUAGUCAUGGUGUUCCGCCGGCCAAGCGACAAAGGACAGGCCACUCCUCAUAUGAUCAAGAUCAGAUGUGGCAUCGCGAACAGCUUGUCAAGUCUGGCCUUGCCCAGCAAACUGGUGUUCAGCAUGCACAUUACCUCGCGGAAGAUCAAGAAGAUACACGAGUGCAUCUGAGCGUACACGAGCUGCGGCCUCCUUUCCUCGAUGGCCGAACGAUUUUCACCACGCAGCUGGACCCGAUCUCCGCUGUUCGCGAUCCCCAAAGUGAUAUGGCAGUCUUCAGUCGCAAGGGAAGCAAGGUUGUUCGGGAACGUCGACAACAAAGGGAACGCCAAAAACAGGCACAGGAUGCGACCACAAUGGCGGGCACAACGCUAGGAAACAUCAUGGGCGUCAAAGACGAGGAGGAAGGUGACAGUGCAGUAGCCGCUCCAGUUGAGGAAGUCUACAAGCGCGGAGGGAACAAAUUCGCCCAGCAUCUCAAGAAAGAAGGGGCUGGUUCAAGUGCAUUCAGCAAUAGCAAGACAUUACGCGAACAAAGAGAAUACUUGCCCGCCUUUGCUGUUCGCGAAGAUCUGCUGCGCGUCAUCCGGGACAAUCAGGUUACCAUCGUCGUCGGAGAGACCGGUUCAGGAAAAACGACUCAAUUGACUCAGUUCCUUCAUGAAGAUGGCUACUCUGAACUCGGUAUGAUUGGCUGCACGCAGCCACGUCGUGUCGCAGCGAUGAGCGUCGCAAAGCGGGUUAGUGAAGAGAUGGAAGUUGAGCUCGGUGACCUCGUUGGAUACGCUAUUCGAUUCGAGGAUUGCACUAGUGAUAAGACGGUCAUUAAAUAUAUGACGGAUGGUGUGCUGCUUCGAGAGUCUCUGGCCCAAGGCGAUUUGGAUAAAUACUCAUGCAUUAUUAUGGACGAAGCUCACGAGCGAGGAUUGAAUACAGACGUGCUCAUGGGACUUUUGAAAAAGGUUCUUGCACGGCGCAGGGACCUGAAAUUGAUUGUCACGUCGGCCACAAUGAACGCAGACCGUUUCUCUCGCUUUUUCGGCGGAGCUCCUGAAUUUAUCAUCCCCGGCAGAACGUUCCCUGUGGAUGUUCAUUUCUCCCGAUCGCCCUGUGAAGACUAUGUCGACAGCGCCGUCAAGCAGGUUCUGACUAUCCAUGUAUCACAAGGACCAGGUGACAUACUCGUCUUCAUGACCGGACAAGAAGACAUCGAGGCAACCUGUGAGCUUGUUGAGGAGCGACUGAAGCUACUGAACGAUCCUCCGAAGUUGAGUAUAUUGCCCAUAUACAGUCAGUUGCCGGCAGAGCAACAAGCGAAGGUUUUCGAAAAAGCCGACAAGGGAGUCCGAAAGGUGAUAGUAGCCACCAACAUUGCGGAGACCAGUCUGACUAUCGAUGGAAUCAUGUAUGUUGUCGACCCGGGCUACUCGAAGCUCAAGACAUACAACCCCAAAAUGGGCAUGGACAGCCUCCAGAUCACACCAAUCUCUCAAGCAAACGCCAACCAACGGUCCGGCCGUGCUGGACGCACAGGUCCUGGAAAGGCGUACCGCUUGUACACCGAGACAGCCUACAAGAACGAACUCUACAUACAGACGAUUCCCGAAAUUCAGCGUACGAGUCUGGCCAAUACUGUGCUUCUCCUUAAAUCCCUCGGCGUCAAGGACCUCCUCGAGUUCGACUUCAUGGACCCGCCAUCACAGGAGGUGAUGUCCACCUCAUUGUUCGAAUUAUGGGCUCUUGGGGCACUGGAUAACCUAGGAGAACUGACACAACUUGGUCGUCGCAUGACCCCGUUCCCAGCUGAUCCAGCCCUGGCCAAACUUAUCAUCAUGGCGGCAGAAGUUUACGGUUGCAGCGAGGAGAUGCUCACCAUCGUCUCCAUGCUGACAGUACCGCACGUGUUCUACCGACCGCGCGAGCGCGAGGAAGAAGCCGACUCUGCUCACGAAAAGUUCUACGUGCAUGAAUCGGACCAUCUGACACUACUCCAUGUCUACACACAAUGGAAGGCGAACGGCUGUUCCGACCGCUGGUGCACCCGCCACUUCCUCCACUCCAAGAACCUGCGCCAGGCCAGGGAGGUCCGAGAUCAAUUUCAAGACAUCAUGACUCAACAAAAGAUGCCCCUUGUGAGUUGCGGUACCGACUGGGAUGUGAUUCGGAAAUGUAUCUGCUCAGGCUUCUACCAUCAAGCCGCGCGUCGCGGUGGAGGUAGUGGCUCUGAGAAAGAAUAUCUCAACCUCCGCACCAGUGUGUCGAUGUACCUGUCGAGAUCCAGUGCAUUGUCUGGCCUGGCUGAUGCCCCGCCAUUUGUUGUCUAUCACGAGUUGAGGCUUACCGCCCGAGAGUACAUGUCCGUUGUGACAGCUGUUGAUCCCGAGUGGCUUGCCGAUCUCGGAGGAGUCUUCUACUCGAUGAAAGAAAAGGGAUACUCGCAACGCGAUCGCCGCACCAAGGAGCGGGAAAUCAACAAAAGCAUGCAGAUCCAACAAGAAAUGGCCGAUGCGCGUGUCAUGGCUGCCAAGGCCAAAGAAGCCGAAAAGGACCUCGACUCUGCGCGACGCAGGAAUGAAAUCGAAGUUGGCGGAGCACGAUCUGCUGUGCGCCGGCCGGUGGUUGUUCCAGGUGGGAAGAGGCCAGUUGGUGGUGUGAGCGGGUCGUCUUCUCCGUCUCUUCGGCCUGGCGCUGGGUUCGGUGGCUCUACAGGCAGUGUUGUGAAGAAGCCGAUUGGAAGGCGGCGUCCUGGACAAUUCUAA